AUGUCAGUCAUUGGCAGGAGAAGUGACAAGAGAAAGUUCACCGCUGCUGAGGGCGGACCGAGGAGGAAGAGGAGGCUGGUCACCGAGGACAGCGAGGACAGCGAAGACAGCCACCGUAAAAGAGCUCGAGGUAAGAAGGGACAACGCCUCUGUGGACGGACAGAGGAAGAGGAGGCUGAGGACGGCGAGGACAGCGAGGACGGUGAGGACAGCGAAGACAGCAAGGACAGCGAGGCGGAAACCAAACAAAAAGAGUUUGAGGCCAAAUAUAUAGAACUGGAUCACAUCGGGGCAAGAGGACGUGCAUCUGUGUAUGCCGGCCGCCGCAGAGUCGACGACGUACCUGUUACCAUCAAACAUAUCAGAAAUGAAAACGUCUACUGCACACAUGUGGACGACAAAGGGAACGUGAUCCCCACAGAGGUCGCCGUCAUGUUGAAGCUGGCGGCCGAAUCGGAUGGGACAUCGUCACACGUGUCCCUGCUGGACUGGUACCAGUUGGUGGGGGAGCUCGUGCUGGUGAUGGAGAGGCCGAUGCCCGCUGAGAAUUAUAAUAACUUUCUCCCGUACAAUAAAUUCUAUGUGAAGAAUGAAGAAGACGUCAGGAUCAUCCUGAGGCAGCUGGUCGACGCAGCGAUCGAUCUGGAGAGCAAGAACGUUUUCCACCGGGACAUAAAGGCGGAGAACAUGCUGAUUGAGACGCGCUCGGACUUCCCGCGGGUUCGCCUCAUCAGCUUUGGAGUUAGCUGUUUUGAUGAUAAAAGACAGGCUCACGAGGACUUUUGCUCCCGUUCUUCACCAACCCGUCUGUGACUUUUACCGUGGAACGAAGCUCCUCAUCCUCACCGUUUUGUUUUAUUAUGUCUGUAAUUUCUAGAUCUGAAGACCCCAGAGUUCUACCUCGAAAAUGGAUACAGAGCAGGACCAACCACAGUGUUCCAGAUCGGAGUGGUGCUGUAUAAUGCCCUCCACAUGAGGAAAAGGUUCAACACGUUGGCGUUCAUUCAAGGAUUUCGGUCUCUCCCACCCAAGACCUCCAAAUCCUGCAAGGACUUCCUCCUGAUGUCCCUGAGAGUCAAUCCCAACAACCGUCCAACGCUGGAGCAGCUCAGGAAUCACCAGUGGCUCAGAUAAUGCCAUAAGACCUACCUGCAUUCUCAAUACAGAUAAUUCACCUCAAUUUAUAAAUUAGCAAACUACAACAAUGUGAAUGUUGAUAUGUGUUUUGAAUAAAUCCGCAAGCUAUAACUAAUAGUACAUAUUAAUAGGUUGACAUAAUAUGAAAUUAUAAAGCUUGUGAAGUACAUAACCUGUGAUUAUGUCCUGUAUCCAAAACAUUCCUUCCUGUCUUGAUAUUUCUCAAACAAUAUGAUGAAGCCUCCUGAAUGGCAAAAUUCCUUAGAGGAAAAAAAUAAGAAUAAGAAUUCCUUGAAAUACAAUAGGUUCCUCUACGGCUCGUCCUAGCGAGGACCCUAAUAAACACACUAUCUAUAUAUAUAUACACACACAUACACACUCAGACCAUCAGAUCCAGAACCAGUAUCUUAUCGAGCAGAAGUGUUUGGUUCUGGAGUCUAAAGUAACAGGGUUACUCUCCACCCACGUUUCUCUUCAAGAGGAGCUGCACGAGCAGCAGGCCAACAACCACCAGUUGGAAGCAGAACACAAACUGCUGAAGAUCAAGACAGAGGCUCUGGCUGCUUUACAAAAGAGCCAAGAGGAGACUCACCACGAGAUG